GGGGGAGGGAAAUAGCUGUUAGCUAGCGAGUGUAAUAUAAACGCUGUGGGAAGGUGAUGAGUGUAACUUUGAUUGGUCAUAAUUCACUUCCUCACUACCUCUCAGCUCUAGCAAAUACCCAUCUUCUCGCUAAAACCGACACUGAAGAAAGUUGCACUGCCCCUCAACAAGAAGAAGAAGAAGAAGAAGAUUAUGGGCAUACUACAGGACGACGUAGUGAUUAUCAGAGAGGCAGAGAAAGAAACUGAAACAACCGUCAUAACUGUUAAUUGCCCUGACAAGACCGGUCUUGGUUCUGAUUUGUGUCGCAUCAUACUCUUCUUUGGUCUUAGCAUUCUCCGAGGAGAUGUGUCCACCGACGGGAAAUGGUGCUACAUAGUUUUCUGGGUGGUUGGGAAGCACAAUACGAGGUGGAGUUUGUUAAAGAAUAGGUUAAUUGGGGCAUGCCCUUCUUGUUCCUCAGCUUCUGGAAUUUCUUAUUACCGCUCUGACUUGCUCCCUCCUAAGCCUCCCGAUGUUUUCCUUUUGAAAUUUUGUUGCCAUGAUCGUAAAGGCCUUUUACAUGAUGUUACAGAGGUUCUUUGUGAGCUAGAGCUCACCAUAAACAAAGUGAAGGUAUCUACUACACCUGAUGGCAAAGUGUUGAAUCUGUUUUUCAUCACGGAUACCAGGGAACUUCUACAUACGAAGAAGGGAAGGGAUGACACAAUCAAACAUUUAACAGCUGUUUUGGGGGAUCACUUAAUUACCAUUGAAAUUGAAAUGGUUGAACCAGACAUCGCUGCUUGUUCUCAAGCAUCUUCAUUCCUUCCAAGUGAAAUUACAGAAGAUGUCUUUGAUAUGGAAUUGCCUGAUUCAGUUCCAGGUGGGACUUUCUUAUCAGAUUCUGUUUCUAUUGUGAUGGACAACUUGCUGAGUCCUGCUCACACGCUUGUCCAAAUUAUAUGCCAAGAUCACAAAGGUCUUCUUUAUGACAUCAUGAGAACUCUGAAGGAGUACAAUAUCCAGAUUUCUUAUGGACGAUUCUCAGCAAAACCUAGAGGAAAAUGUGAGAUUGACUUGUUCAUCAUGCAAGCAGAUGGGAAAAAGAUAGUUGACCCAAGCAAGCAAAAGUCUUUGUCGUCACGCCUUAGGAUGGAACUACUUCGUCCUCUCAGAGUAGCUGUUGUAAGCAGGGGUCCUGAUACAGAGCUGCUAGUUGCUAACCCUGUGGAGUUAUCUGGCAAAGGACGGCCUCUUGUUUUUCAUGAUAUUACUCUUGCUCUCAAAAUUCUUGGCCCUUGCAUCUUUUCGGCCGAAGUUGGAAGGCAUGUGAUUGGAGAUCGCGAAUGGGAAGUUUAUAGAAUCUUGCUUGAUGAAGGGGAGGGUUCAUGUGUCCCAAGGAACAAGAUUGAGAAAGGAGUUUGGAAAGUGUUGAUGGGUUGGGAGUGAUCCAUGGUUGGUGCCUUGGUGGCACUGUUCCUUCUGUAUGAAACUGUGUACAGAUAGAUAACAUGGCUAUCGUAUAAAUGUAACUUGUUGUAAUUAUGAAAUGUAUAUUGUGCAAAUAGUGAUCUAUGUCACGCUAUAUCUUUUUUAGAGCUUUUUGUAAUUUUAACUUAGUGUGUAGAAAGAAGGGCAGUAGCAACUAGCAAGUAUUUAAAAAACAGAGAAAGGAAGGCGUAUUGUUUAGAGUAUUUUAUAAAUGAAAAUGAAAUGUUAUAAAGUUAUAUUUAGUUAUUUUAUAAUGUGUAUAUGUAUAUGGAUCUUUUUUGGUAGGCUCUAUGCCCAAGUUAUACUUUGCUUCCGUCUUUAGCAU